AUGGAUUUUCCCGAUCAUGUAUUAUUUAAUGUAAACGUUGCUGUAGUAGCAAUGGUAUUUAGGAAAAAAUAUGGACAAGAAUUCGAAAGAGCUGAUAGCACAACUGAUAUUAGCAGCGCAAGUAAUGUAAGCUAUACAAGUAAUUCAAGUACAAGAUCGAUAGUUACAUCGGAUGAAAUGUGGACAGCGUCGGAAAAGCUUUACAAUACUCUGAUCCAGUGUUUAGAAACAGAAGAUUCCGUAUUAAAUUUUAUAAAUUGGUUUUUAGACGGUGUACGAAAAACGUUCGAAUCCGAAAACUCUUUCGCAUUUCUAAAACAACAAAUACUAGUAUUUCCCGACACUUGUUUCCUAUGUAAAAAGCCAUAUACGACACCACAAGAUAAAUGGUGUAAUGAAUGUGAGUCACACGUAUUUGAAUCAAAAUUUCAUACAUGGACAAGUGGAAAUUUAGAUCUUGAUAGAUUCAUUCGAGAAACUCAACGAGAAGCGAAAAAUUCUACAGAAUUUUUAAGAUGGAUACCAUUUUCAUCAUUUACCGAAUUGAAUCAAAUUGGUAAAGGCGGAUUCAGUGAGGUAUAUUCUGGAAAUUAUACACAAGAUCGAUUGAAUGGGACAUUAAAACAAUGGGUGACUAAUAUGGAAUGUAUGAUUAUAUUGGAUUAUUUACAAUGCCAUAGUGAAGAAAGUAUUAAAGAUAUAUCCUUAGAAAAAUGGGAUGAAAUUUUGAAAGAGUUUGCCUCAAGAAUGCGACGAAUUUAUGAGAAUAGAAAAGUGUUAAAGUGUAGAUCAUUAGGUCAGUCUAAGGAACAUUCGGAAGUUCAAGUUAAGAGAAAGAGUAGUAUUAGUAGUAUUACAAGAAUCAAGAACCUAUUAAAGAAACGACCAAGUUUAAAGAAAAAUAAAACUAGAUCAUCGAAGUUAAAUCCAUCGACAACAACGAAUCCUUUAAUUAGAAUUAAUCAAAUUCCCGUAACUGUUUCUCCAUUACAAAAUAAAUUCAUUCAAAAGACAGUUGCACUAAAACGUCUUGUGGAUUCACAGGAUCUAAGUUUAAAUUUCAUCAAUAAGUAUCUGAAUCAAAACAGUGUUAACAUAGACUGGUACCAACGUAUAAGUUUAUUACAUGGAAUCGUAAGAGGGAUUUUUGAAUUACAUAAAGCGAACUUAAUACAUCAUAAUUUACAUACCGGUAAUAUAUUACUUAGACAUAAUACGAGAAAAGAAAAAACCGGGAGAUUUAGUACUUCAACUGUGAGAACAUGGAUCUCUGAUAGUGGAUUAUGGGGACCAGCUGGAUCAUCUUCAAGUGGGAUUAAUACAAGCGGAGCAACUUAUAUGGGUGAAAAUAGUAAUCUUAAUAGUACAAUUAUGGGAAAGCAUAAUCUCCAUAGUCAACCUUUUCAUGAUCAACCGCAUGAUAUUAAUUUGGCAACGGAAAUUGUGAAUGGAAAAAGACCCAAUAUAGAUGAUGUUGCCUCUGGUAACAUUCCGGAAUGUUGGUUGAAUUUGAUGAAGAAAUGUUGGGCAUCAAAACCAGAAGACCGACCGAAUAUUGAAGACAUUAAGAAAAUUACCAGUGCAUGGAAUAUGGAAAGAUCGAAAAAUUCUUUGGUCUUUUCAUUUGGUAGAUCUGGAGAUGAUGAUGAUGUUGUUGGACAGUUUUUAGAUGCUGAGAAGAGAAGAGUCGAAAGGUUGAAUAAAGGUAAGCAAGUGGAGAGUUACAAUAAACUAGAAGAAGAAGAAGAAAGUGGAAAUGAGUUAAAAGAAACUGUAACCGAGAGGCUUAACCAAGAUGAUUAUAAUUAUGACUCAAUGAAGAGUCGAUUAUUGGAUUUUUUGGUUGAAGCACCUUCACCAAAUAAUCAUAAAGAUUUAGAAAUAAUUUAUGAGAAUAUCGAUUCUACGAAAAAAGAAAAGGUUGAUAGUGGAUAUCAGCAACCAAUAAUGGAAGAGCACGAAGAUGAAGUUAAACAUGAAGUCGAACCCGAAAAUCCCAUAGAAAAAGAUAGGGAUUCAAAUAAAAAUUUUCAAGAAAAACCAUAUGUUAAUGAACAGAAACAAAUUUUACUAGGAGUUAAACAAGAUAACCAAGAUAGUCCUAUUAAAAAUGGUAUAGAAGCGAAUUCUGAAAUUGGAUCAAAAG